AUGUCUAUCCUGUCCGAUGCAAUUGUCGUGGUCGCCGUCGUCAGCCCUAUGUUCAUAUCAGCCGUCAAAUCGAUCUUAGAAUAUCUUGCUUGCGCCAAUAUCUAUAUUUCGAAGGCUUUUAGAUGGAUGUCUGCUUUCAAGCUUGACGGUAUCUUGAAAAAGCUUGAUCUGUGGCGGGAACUGCACACAUCAAACGUGAAACCAUUCUCUGCUUCUACGCCGGUGCCUGAGUUCGAUAAUGCGUGCUUAGGGACCGAUAAUCUCCACCACAAAAACCACACAUUCUUUGAUCUGGAUUUGGGUGAUCUGGGCUCACUAUGGCUCGGUCGAAUCAGUCAGAAUCUGGUUCCCACCUCGGGCCAUCUUAACAAUGGACCAACUUUCGGGAGCCUUCACAGUGAAGUUUUGCUGCUCAACUGGCAAGUUUUGCUUUUCAUGAUGAUUUUUCUGUUGAUCAUACCAGCAGUAACAUCAAUAUGCACUUGGUAUUCUCGCAGGCACUGCUUCCAAGUAGCGAACAUUGAGAUUCUAGAUUUCAUUAACGAAGUGCGUUCCUGGAGAGAGUUUCUAUUUAAAAGAAUGAGCGCUGCUGUUUCAAUACUGAACGGCAAAAUUGACAGCAUGAUAAAGCAGAUCGUGAUGGAACAUGAGCGAGUUUCAGCUGAACUACCCACCUUCCUUGAUGCUGAAGUCAGAGAACUACGAGAUGCUCUCGACACCCAAUUCCAGAACGAAGAUGACCACCAUAUCCUGGGAGUGAAGAAUUCUGCGGACAACUUGGAACGUGCACGACGAAGAUUUCCAGAUCCUGGAGGCAUUGAAGCAGAAUGCAAGGGUUUGCAGUCUGUCUUCCAACGCUGGAGACAGCGAAUGGGCAACUUUCUCGAGCACGCCAGUUCCGAGGCUGAAAGGAGUGAUAAUAUACAGAUCCCUGUCAAGCGUAUCAUGGAGCUCCCAGAGAAAGCACCGACCGCUCAGGCUACUCAGACUAAAUAUGAGGCCAUGCAAGACAAAGUGGACAAAAACGAACCUGCAAGCCUUACUGUGAGCGAAAAGCAAUGCUCAGAAGCUGAGGAGCCAAUCUCGACAAUGGGGCUGUGGGCAACAGCGUCUGGGUACCCUGCACCCACACCAGCGGAAAUCGAAGAAGGACGGAGAAUUCGGCGUGAGAGAGUCGCAAAACGUUUGACAGAGAACAAUGGUCAGCGAUAUGUGAGAAGCGAGUCUGGGCCCAGAAAGCACAGAUGCUUGUUCCGAAACAGGCUUCAUGGGUUGCACAAGCAAGACCACGCAGCGGCUCGCCAGUCCCUCAACCUUACCUUGCACUAG